GCAGUGGGCGACACUGGGAGGAUCUGCUCCCCUUGGCCAGGAGGCCGAGUUUCCGCUAGAGGGUACCCGGACAGAUUGAAGUCAUGGCCAUUCUUUUUGCUGUUGUUGCCAGGGGAACCACUAUCCUUGCCAAACAUGCUUGGUGUGGAGGAAACUUCCUGGAGGUGACAGAGCAGAUUCUGGCUAAGAUACCUUCUGAAAAUAAUAAACUAACUUACUCACAUGGCAAUUACUUGUUUCAUUACAUCUGCCAAGACAGGAUUGUGUAUCUUUGUAUCACUGAUGAUGAUUUUGAGCGUUCUCGAGCCUUCAGUUUUCUGAAUGAAGUAAAGAAGAGGUUCCAAACUACUUAUGGUUCCAGAGCACAGACUGCACUUCCAUAUGCUAUGAAUAGUGAGUUCUCGAGUGUUUUGGCUGCACAGCUGAAGCAUCAUUCCGAAAAUAAAGGGCAAGACAGAAUGAUGGAGACUCAAGCCCAAGUGGAUGAACUAAAAGGAAUCAUGGUCAGAAACAUAGAUUUGGUUGCUCAACGUGGAGAAAGAUUGGAAUUACUGAUAGACAAAACAGAAAACCUUGUGGAUUCAUCUGUAACUUUCAAAACUACCAGCAGAAAUCUUGCUCGAGCCAUGUGUAUGAAGAAUAUCAAGCUUACUGUCAUCAUCAUCAUCGUAUCGAUUGUGUUCAUCUAUGUCAUUGUGUCACCUCUCUGUGGAGGGUUUACAUGGCCAACCUGUGUAAAGAAAUAAAAAAGAAAACAUUACCAUUAACCAAGCAUAUAAGAGUGAAAGGAGAGAAAGGCAAUCCAUGUGACUCAGGCUUUUCACUAUUUUUCGGAAAUUAUCUGCCAGUUCCUUUAAUCUUCCUUUUGCUUUUUCUUGUCGUAAUAGUAUUAUAUGCAUCUAGAUUUAUCUUUGUCUUCUCAUAUUGUUUAACAAACUUUACGUUGAACCAUUAUUUACAGGAAUAUCUUUGAAAUGAUAUUUGUUUCUUUUGUUAAGUAUAAACUUCUACUUAGAAAGACAUUUUUUGUUUUUAACACACAAAGCUUUUGCCAAGGUGGAAACCACCAAUCUUAUAAUUUGUCUGCUAAAACUGUCUAGGAAUUUUCUGUGCUCACACAAAAUUAUUGGGAGAUUGAUUGUAUUGCUAACAUAUCAUUUUAGUCUCUUUCGUUAUGGGAGAGUUUUAGGUGCUUCAAAGUCAUAUAGAAUAUUUUGGGAAUUGUAAUGAAUUGUUGGUGCUGCUUAUAUCCAGGAGCCCAUACAAGUGAUGUAUUUAGUGUUUUUAUUUUAAUAAGGUGGGAAACAUUUUGCUAGCCGAUUAGAAGCACAAGAAUUAUCCUUGUCCUCCCAGCAUUUACUUUCUUAAAUAAAGUUUAGUGCAUUAUUCAUUCAUA